AGGUCCCCCACUGGCAGUGGUUUUUCGCGAGGUCCCUGGCUGGCGCCGCUGAAGUUGGUUUUUUUCUCCUCAGAUGGUUCUGAUUAUGAUUGUCCACCAAACGUUGCCAAGGAGCCUCAACGGCUUGUGUUGAAGACAUCGCUAAUUGCGCCUAAUGCUGAAUGUGUUGUUGCGUCAUUUAUCGUUGUGUUCAUGGUGAAGGAUGACGGCAUUGAUAUGCUCCAUUGGAAAUCAACAACAUACAAGUUACAACAGGAUACAAGACCUCGUGGUAGCAUGCGUGACACUACUCAUUAUAAAACAACCUUCGUUCAAAAUCGGAAAUUUUACGGCGCAAAUGAUGACGUUUUAGAUCCAUUAUACAUUUAUAAGAGAAUCAAACUUCAUUUUGCGAAACAACUUACCUGUGAACACUCGUGUAUU